UUGAAAGACACUAAAAUAUAGUGUGAAGUUGGGCUUUCUGAUUCCUGACCCAGUAUAGGCAGGUUCUUGGUAUACACACUCUCGCCAGUCUGCAAAGAAGAAGGCUCUGUUCAUUUACUUCAUUUGCUGCUGCCCUAAUGAUCCUAACCUACAAUUAGUGUAUUUAGUUCCAGAUGAAGCCGACAAGCCGGGGUAUUGUUGUGUCCUCUAGCCCCUUUUCACUGAUGCCUGACAAAAUAUCUAUAAAGGCUACUGCAACUCUAGUUCUGACCAAAGACGGCUACCAGGACUGAACACUGAGCUUCACAAUGGAGAGGCUUAAAAUUUCUCUCUGGCUUGAAGAAUAAAGCAACAAAAUCCCAAGAGAAACGCCACUACCGUCGCAAAGGAACAAUGGAAGACCCUGAUGACCACAUAGCUGUGGUUGGGAUUGGAUGCAAUUUCCCUGGAGGCGAGGGGUUGGACAAUUAUUGGAGGGUUCUCUUUGAAGGAAAGAACUGUGUAACGGAUAUUCCAGCAGAAAGGUUUGACACCAGUUUUUGGUAUGACGCUGACGAAAGCAAACCCGGAAAGACGCAAACAACCAAAGCAGCUCUUAUAGAAGGGUUCAAUGAGUUUGAUCACAAGUUUUUUGGCAUCACGGAAGCAGAGGCUGAUUUCAUGGACCCUCAGCAGAAGCUGCUACUUCAGUGUACAUACAGGGCAUUAGAAGAUGCAGGAAUCGCUAUGGAAACCAUCAGCGGAAGCAGAACUGGGGUUUACAUAGGUCUAAUGAACAGGGAUUACGAGAUGCUCCGAAGUGACAAUCCCACUACAAUAACCCACUACAAUGGCACUGGGACAGCCAUGAGUGUUGCCGCAAAUAGAAUCUCCUUCACCUUUAAUCUCACCGGCCCUUCUUUCGCCAUUGACAGCGCCUGUUCCUCAUCUUUGGUGGCCUUACAUUUAGCCUGCCAGGCCAUAAAGCAAGGAGACUGUGAGAUGGCUUUGUGUGGAGGUGUCAGCUGUAUCAUAGAGCCAAGAGUGUUUGUUGCUCUGAGUAAGUCGAAGAUGAUCUCACCCGAGGGGACCAGCAAACCGUUCUCCAGCCGAGCAAAUGGUUACGGUAGAGGCGAGGGCUGCGGGGUUGUUCUCCUGAAGCCCCUUAAAAAUGCUGUCAAGGACUGGAACAAAAUAUGGGGUAUUGUCAGCAAAACGGCGGUCAACCAGGAUGGUCACUCAGUCACUCCAAUCACCAAACCCUCCAUGGCACAACAAGAGGAGCUGCUGCGAAGAAUCUACUCAGAGUCAGACCUCGCAGAUGUCGAUUACAUAGAGGCACAUGGAACUGGAACCCCAGUCGGAGACCCAACAGAGGCAGGAAGCAUCUCAAACAUCAUUGCCAAAGAGCGACCUCCAGGUUCAGAGACACUGAAGAUCGGCUCUGUGAAGGGUAACAUUGGACAUACAGAAUCUGCAGCAGGAGUGGCCGGACUCAUUAAGGUUCUACUCAUGAUGAAGCAUGAAACCAUUGUUCCCUCUGUUUUCUACUCUGAACACAGUGCAAGUAUCGAUGUAAAUGCCCUUAAUCUAAAUAUUCCAUCAAAAGUUGAAAGAUGGGAGACAAGUCGGUCAUCACAGAGAGUAGCAGGGAUCAAUAGCUUUGGGUUUGGAGGCACAAAUGCACACGCGAUUUUAAGAGAGUAUAGACAGACCUCUGUUCCCACACAUAUCACAAAAGGCUGUCCAAAACUCUUUGUGGUAUCUGCAGCCACUCAGAAAUCAUUGAUCCUAUCCAUUUCUGACACCCAUCAAAGUCUUUGCAGUGCACACACUGUUGACUUACAGGCCUUGUCAUACACCUCAGCAUGUGGAAGGAGUCAUUGCGGACACAAAUAUAAGAAGGCCUUUUUAUCAACUUCCCUCUCAGAUUUACAGCACCAGCUGACAUCCGCACUGAAAUCAAAGGUUGAGUCAACAAAGUCAGACGUCCAGGUGGUGUUUGUGUUUUGUGGCAAUGGAGUUGCCCACAGGGGGAUGUGCCAGCAGCUCAUGAGAGAGGUCCCUGUUUUCAGAGAUAAGGUCAAAGAAGUUGACGUUCACUUCCAGAGUCAUAAAAGCUCCAGCAUCAGUCGAUGGCUUGCUGGUGACUAUGAUAGUGAUGAUUUCAGCAAGCCAGAUUUUGCCCAACCUGUGCUUUUUGCAAUCCAGGUAGGCAUUGCCACUCUCCUGAAGCGCUGGGGUGUAAAACCUGAUGUCGUGCUUGGCCACUCUGUUGGCGAAGUCGCUGCAGCUCACUCCUCCGGCCUCUUGUCUCUUGAAGAUGCUGUUAAAGUGUUGUACCACCGCAGCACUCUUCAGAGCAAGGUCACAGGUGGGAAAAUGCUUGUGGUCAGUAAUGUGGCUGUAGAAGAGGUAUUAGAAAUCCUUGAAGUCUUCUCUGGCAAAAUUAGUGUGGCAGCUUUCAACAGCCCUCGGUCCUGCACACUGUCAGGGGAUGCAGAUGCUGUAGACGUCCUCCAUGAAAGGCUGAAGACUCUGUUUGCAGAUAAAAACCUAUUCCUCCAUAUCUUGGAUGUUCCAGCGGCAUACCACAGCCAUAUGAUGGAUCCUAUACUAGACGACAUUGAGGGAAGCAUUCAUCUUUUAGAUGCCAAUAGCAUGGAAUGCAAACUUUUUUCAACAGUGACCGCAGACAGGCGUUCAGAUGGUGACUUCAACACCGGCAGGUACUGGGCAAAGAACAUCCGAGAGCCCGUUUUAUUUGAGCAAACGCUGCGUGCUGCCACUAAAGACAGCCAGUCCAGGAGAAACGUGGUCUUUGUGGAGAUUGGACCUCGUAGGGCUCUUCAAAGGAACAUACAUGAGGUUCUGGGAAAUGACGCCAUAGUUCUUUCCUCUGUCCAGCCAGAGAGAGAUUAUGACACAAUCUUGUCUACCGUGGCAAAAGUAUUUGAACUGGGCAUAAAUUUGGACUGGCAUCAAGUUUACAGGGGUUACGAGACAUUGCCCACAGCUCUUCCAAUCUAUCAGUUCGACAACUCAAAGAAAGAACUGAAUUUUGAAGAUGUGAGAAAAGGUAAUGAGUUAUCUGCCUUGUCUCCCCAUCCGCUCAUAUCCCAAAUAAAGCUCGAUAACAAAGAGUACAUUUGCAACCUCUCAUUAGAGAGUGCACCAUAUCUUUGGGAGCAUAAGAACAAUGGUGUUUCCAUUGUACCAGGUGCGUUUUACAUUGAACUAGCUUAUGCCUCAGUAAUGGCGAGCUUAAUACCAAAGAAACCCGUCUCUCUGCUCCAGCUCAGUAUUCGAUUUGAGAGUCUGUUUACGCUCAGCUCAAACUGUCAGCAGUUGAAGGUAAUACUUGAACAGGCAGAGAAUGAGGCCUCUUUUAAAAUACAGUCUCCUGUCGCAAGACAUGCCUCCGGCACAUACAGGAGUACAAAUAGCCAACCGAUGUUAGAGGAACCCUCCAUUUUUCUUAACGCUAUCUGUCAGAGGUGCAGAUUGGUGAUGAAGAAGAAAGAGAUUUAUUCAACUCUUUCUCAAGCAGGAUUUGAAUAUGACUCUGUUUUCAAACAGCUGGAUGACGUGCAUUUCGGGGAUGAAUUCAAGGAAGCUGUGACAACAAUUCAAGUCCCCGGAGAACUUCUAAACCACCUCCAUGACUAUUUCAUCCACCCGGUGUUAUUGGACUAUUUCCUCCAAAUGACUGCAGUGGUGGCUAAUGGACGCCUUACAGCCAAGCAGGGAUUCCCCUCAGCUGUAGGUUGUGUCACCAUUUCAGCACCGCUGCAGGAGAAAAUGGUCAUGUAUUUACGAGCAACUCAGGAGACCCCAGACUUCCUUGAGGUGUGUGGUUGCUUCUCUACCACAGAGGGGAAAGUGCUUGUGGAACUUAAGAAGGUGAGGAUCUCAUUUUUGGGCCAUUGCUCAAAUGCUCUUCAGUCACUGUUCUUUCACAAUGAAAUCAUUACAAUCCAUGACAAGGCAGACUUUGAAAAUUGUGACAUAAAAGCAAUAGUUUUUGAAGACAAACUCUGCAUUGCCAAAAGGCUCAGGCCAUACUUACACCCAGAGUCAGUCAUUGUGCAGAGCAGAGACGACUGGAAGUCUGAUCAACUUCGAGAUAUAGUGUUUCACUAUCUGAACACUAAUGUGGAUUUGGAAAACGUUCUCUUUAUUUGGGGUGUUGAGAACCUCGGUCACUCGUCAUCAGAGCAGACACUGGAGACCUUGGUUACUUGCUGUGAGCAAUAUCGCCAGAUUUUACUAGCUUUGAAAGAGAUAAGACCGUCUUGCACCGUCCACGUCAUAACCUACAGAUCAACAGAAAUGACUGUGGACCAGGUCAGUCCGGGUUUUGUGCUGUCUGGCAUGACAAGGGCUUGUGCAGCGGAGAUGGCAAGUCUCUCUUUCCAGCUGAUUGAUCUCGCUUCUGUGACCAGUGAAGACAUACAAAUGCUGGUUCAUGUAAUUAACACCUGCAAACAACAAGAGGUCAUGAUCGCCAAAGGGCAGGCUUCAGCAACGAGAAUAUCACGCUCCCCGGUGAAGGACAAGUCUUCGUGUGAAGGAGACACACAGUCCGUGUAUCUGAGCAACUUUGUUCUACAGACAACUGAUUCUUACAGAAUGACUAGCUUGUCUGCCAUCUCCUACAACACAAAUGUGAGUCCUAUCCAAGAGAGGUCAGUUGAGAUUCAGCUAACGAACGUGUGCGUGCACUCAUCUGAUUACUUUCCUGUCACCACUUCAGAUUUCAAUUUCAGCAAAACAGUGUACUGGGACCAGCACACAUCCCAGAAUCACAAGCUUCUGGUUUUAGAUUUUUCUGGCAUUGUCACUGGUGUUGGGACAGACGUUCAAAGUCUAAGAGUGGGAGAUCGUAUCGCUUCGUGUUAUCCAGCUGCUGCCACAAGCAAGAUUACAAUUCCUGAGGCUGUGUGCUACAGUACAAAGAAACUCCCGUUUCUGAAGGAGACUCCGUGUGUGUCUUACUUCAUACUGGCAUGGGAGAUCCUGCAGAGGAUGCUACCUGAAGUGAAGCAACAGCACAGAAAGCUGACCGUCGUCUCCUCCGACUCAGCUUCUGCUCUGGUCAAAGUUUUAGCUCUGACAGCAAACAGGUCAGGCUGGAAUGUUUCCGCUAGAUCAGAUGUCAGAGGAGCACCUCUGCAAUUUGAUCAGAGUCAUGCAUUUGUGUUCCUGCCUCCAUUUGAUCACUCUAGGCUGGAAAUACAGGGCAGUUGUGACCUUGAGAGACACAUUGUAUUUGUAUGUAGCAGUCACAUGUCAUCCCCACACUCAGCAAACAUGUUUGCAUCAACGAGUGAACACAUGCACGUCCACAUACUCGAUGUGGCUAAUCUUCUCCAGAGAGCAACUCUGCGAGAACAGAGCAGGAAUAUCUCGAGCUGGCUAAUGUCAUUGGGCUUUGAUGCAGCAUCUCUACCUUUGAAAAGAGAGAUAUUUCAAUUAUUAAGAACAAAAGAGCCUCAGAUUGAUCCAGAGUCCUAUUUCUCAACAAAACUAGUGCAGCAGGUGGUUUUAGAUCACAGAGAAUCUCAUUGUCCAGUGUCUGACAUCCCUGUGCUCACCAGGCCAGGAAGACUUUUUAAACAAAGCUGUGUUUACAUUGUGACUGGAGGCCUUUCUGGUUUGGGACUUCAGACUGUGAAAUUCAUCGCCCAUAACGGCGGAGGUUGUAUCGCAACACUGUCCAGAAGUGUUCUGACAGACGAAAUGCAGUUUGAAAUGGAAAUCCUGCAGAAAAGAUAUGAAGUUGCUAUCAUCCAUGUCCAAUGUGAUGUUUCCGUGUUGGUGCAGGUAGUGGAUGCAAUGUCAAAGAUUGAGCAAAGAUUCUCUUCUUGUCCAAUCAAAGGAGUGUUUCACAGUGCUGCUGUAUUACACGAUGCACUGAUCGAUACCCUCGACGAGUCUCUCUUCCACAAGGUGCUGCAGCCCAAAGUGAGCGGGGCUCUGAAUCUUCACUAUGCAACACUUCACAACCAACUCGACUACUUUGUGUGCUACUCUUCCAUCUCGUCAUUCAUUGGUAACGCAUCACAGUGUAACUAUGCAGCGGCCAAUUCUUUCCUGGACAUAUUCUGUCAUUAUCGGAGAAACCUUGGGCUUGCAGGACAGUCCGUCAACUGGGGUCCUUUGAACCUUGGUCUCUUGCUGAACAGAGACCAUUUCCAAAAGUUCCUAGAGGCAAAGGGGAUGAUGAUAAUGAACGUGUGCGAGAUUCAUGAGGCACUUGAAAAGUGUCUCUUGAUGAACAGACCUCAACAAGUCAUAUGCAAGUUCAACUUCAAAAACCUUAACGUUCAUGUUCUUUCACAAAAUGCGUCUCUCAGAGAACGGCUGUCAGCUAUAGUGGAAAUGGAGCUGAAAGAUGAUGCAGGUAUUGAACCCAUAGUUCAGCAUUUGCAUUCUCCAUACGAAGGUGUGAGGAAAAUUGUCAGUGACAUAAGCAAUGUUUGUAUAGAUGAGCUGCAUGAAGACUCUGCUCUGUGUGCCCUGGGUAUCGACUCAAUGUUGGCCAUGACUCUUCAGAACAAUAUUUUCCAGGAGACAGGAGUGAAUGUACCUUUGGUUAGAUUACUGGACCCCAACAGUACACUGGCCACCUUGGCAACGAUUGUAAUGAAUAAUGGAUGAUUCCAUAUAAUAUGUCAAAGAUUCCUUUGGCUGAUGAGCAAGAAAUGGCUUUAUGAAUGUAUAUGAAAAUUCUUGCAGUAAAUGUUUAAUGUCUGUACAGCAGCUGCAUUUUUUUCACUGCUUUAUUAUUGUUCCUAUAGCAGUCACAUUGUUUUUUAGUCUUUUUGCAGAAGGCAAAUUUAUUUAAGUAAUUCCACUUCUAAGUAUGUUUUAUAAUCGUUUUCCUCUCAUAUCUUGGCUCGCUCACAGAUCUUUAAAUCCAGGGCUGUGCUAUGUUCUGUUUUCUAUUGUAAUGUGUAUAUGCAUAAUGGUGCUUAACAGUCUGUAUGGUGCCCCAUGUGGCCCAAAUGCUGAAAGAGUACAUAUAUUUGGUUAGUUUGUUUUUGAUGUAAUAUCUCUGAUGUUUGAAUCAGAGCUAAUUUUA